CAUACCACUAAGUAUAUUGGGUGUUUCAGCCAUGUCUGACAAAAGUGAACUGAAGGCGGAGUUGGAGCGCAAGAAGCAACGAUUAGCUCAAAUCAGAGAGGAGAAGAAAAGAAAGGAGGAAGAAAGAAAGAAAAAAGAAACUGAUCAGAAGAAAGAAGUUCUUCCUGUACAAGAAGAAUCUGAUCUUGAAAAGAAGAGAAGAGAAGCUGAAGCAUUACUUCAGAGCAUGGGGUUAACACCUGAGUCUCCUGUUGUCCCUCCUCCUACCUCUCCGUCUUCCAAAUCUGUGAGUACGCCAAGUGAGGCUGGAAGCCAGGACUCUGGUGAUGGCGCUGUUGGAUCUAGACGUGGACCUGUUAAACUUGGAAUGGCCAAAAUUACACAAGUUGACUUUCCUCCUCGAGAAAUUGUUACAUAUACAAAGGAGACGCAAACACCUGUUAUGACUCAGCCAAAGGAAGAUGAGGAAGAAGAAGAUGAUGUGGUUGCACCAAAACCAUUAGUUGAACCUGAGGAAGAAAAAACAUUAAAAAAAGAGGAGGAGGAAGAAGCUGCCCCUCAUGAACUUACAGAAGAGGAAAAACAACAAAUUUUGCAUUCUGAAGAAUUUUUAAGUUUCUUUGACCACUCCACAAGGAUUGUCGAAAGAGCCCUUUCUGAGCAAAUCAACAUUUUCUUUGACUACAGUGGAAGAGACUUAGAAGACAAAGAAGGAGAGAUUCAAGCAGGAGCAAAACUGUCCUUAAAUAGGCAGUUUUUUGAUGAACGUUGGUCAAAGCAUCGUGUUGUCAGUUGUUUGGACUGGUCAUCUCAGUACCCAGAGUUACUUGUAGCCUCUUACAACAACAAUGAGGAUGCACCUCAUGAGCCUGAUGGGGUGGCCCUCGUAUGGAAUAUGAAGUACAAGAAAACUACCCCAGAGUAUGUCUUUCACUGCCAGUCAGCAGUGAUGUCAGCUACAUUUGCAAAAUUUCAUCCCAACCUGGUGGUGGGUGGCACGUACUCAGGCCAAAUAGUGCUAUGGGAUAAUCGCAGCAAUAAGAGAACCCCAGUGCAGAGAACUCCACUUUCGGCUGCUGCUCACACGCACCCAGUGUACUGUGUAAAUGUUGUUGGGACCCAGAAUGCUCAUAAUUUGAUUAGUAUCUCAACUGAUGGGAAAAUAUGCUCUUGGAGUCUGGACAUGCUUUCCCAACCGCAGGAUAGCAUGGAGCUGGUUCACAAACAGUCCAAGGCUGUGGCUGUUACUUGCAUGUCCUUCCCUAUUGGAGAUGUCAACAAUUUUGUUGUUGGCAGUGAAGAAGGCUCAGUGUACACUGCAUGCCGUCAUGGCAGCAAAGCUGGAAUCAGUGAGAUGUUUGAAGGACACCAGGGACCAAUCACAGGUAUCAACUGCCAUGCAGCAGUUGGACCUGUAGACUUCUCACAUCUUUUUGUCACCUCUUCUUUUGACUGGACAGUAAAGCUUUGGACAACUAAGAAUAACAAACCUCUCUACUCCUUUGAAGACAACUCCGAUUAUGUUUAUGAUGUGAUGUGGUCUCCAACUCACCCUGCCUUGUUUGCCUGUGUGGAUGGGAUGGGCAGGCUUGACCUGUGGAAUCUCAACAAUGAUACUGAGGUGCCAACGGCAAGCAUUACUGUGGAGGGCAAUCCUGCUCUGAACCGUGUGAGAUGGACGCAUUCUGGGAGAGAGAUUGCUGUAGGUGAUUCAGAGGGACAAAUAGUUAUAUAUGACGUGGGAGAGCAAAUUGCCGUUCCUCGCAGUGAUGAGUGGACUCGAUUUGGUCGAACACUGGCAGAAAUAAACGCUAACAGAGCUGAUGCAGAAGAGGAAGCUGCAACCCGCAUACCGGCGUAGGCCUUUAAAAUAGGCAGCAGUGGUAGACUAUGAAUGAUUUGAUGCAAAUCUUAAAAGUGUAAGCAUGUGUCAGUUCAAAUAAUAGCUUAAGGGAGGAAUAUAUGGAUUCAGCUAUGGACUUUGAAAAUGUAUUAAGAUCACUGAAAAUCAGAUCUUGCAUUGUCACUUUUUAUAUAUCAAUUACAAGCACAUUCUUGGAUUUGUGUAACUUUUAAUACAGUUAACUGACUUUGCAAGGAACUUCUUUUGCUGAAAUGCUAACCUGGUGUAAAUUUGCUAUUGGGCUUCUGAAAUUUCCACUUUGUAACAGCAUCUGUUUCUGAAAAGCAAAAGUUCUGUUUCUAAACUAAACUUUCUAUAUUACACACUAACUUUCAUUAGGCAGUAAAUUUCUGAAGCAUUCUUUAAUUUGAACUCUUCAAAUUACCCAUGGAUAUGCAUGCAUAUGUUCCAAGUAAGUUUCAUUGUUUAUAUAUAGAUAAGCCUCAGACUCUGGUAGCGGGUAAUAUACGUGAAUAAAAAUUUGUCUGUAGUUACAAACUUAUUUGAUAAUUGGACCUGAAUUAAUGAAAUACAUAUUUAAUACCAAGUUCUUUUGUUUGAAUUGGUGCAUUAAAAGGUGAGACUGAUUCACAAAUAAAUAUUAUAUGAGCUCUUGUCAACUGCCCUGACCCCUAAUCUCUGUCCCUUCAGUAGUUUGAGAGUAGAAAGUUCCUGGGAGCUGCUGCUUUCAUUUUACUACACACAUCACAAGAGUUGUUUUCUACCCCCAACCUCCACUUCCUACCAUGGCAAUCGGCCAAAAAGAAAAAGGCUUCUGUUGUCAAAUUUUUCUUUUCCAAAGGAUAAGGAACUAGAUUUUGACUUAAUUUCUAUAGCAUGAUGGUUUGCAUUCUGUUAACUACAGACUUGCUACUAAUUUUCCAUAUUAAGUUAAAGAAAGAUAUUUUAAUUGCUUAACAUUUUUAUUGAAACCAAACCUCUCAAUGGCUUGAAAGAGAAUGGUUGGAAUUUGUGUUAAAGGUUAAAUUUUUUUGAGUGUAUCUUUCUUAGGACAUUAUAAAGUUUCCCAUCAAGACUGGUUUUGGGGUUGGGGGGACUUUGUGGUGUUUGGUUUGGGUUUUUUGGGGUUUUUUAGUAAAUAUUCUGACUUUGUACUAAUUAGGCACUAAACCAGGAUUGACUUUUAACUUAGGACUCUAGUUUGUUUCUAGUAUUCUUAAUCUGCUACAAGCUUAUAAUUUUGCCAGAAGAGCUGUUUUAUAUGCUUAAAAGUAGGAAAUAGGUUUAUAUUCCUUAAUCAGCUUUACGUCCAGAAGUAUUCUUAUUGUUCCUUCAUUGUUUGUGUGUUAAGUGGGGUUUUUUUGUUGUGUUUUUUUCCUAUUUCUCCUUGUCUCAGUUCUGUUACGAGCAAUUCAUAGAGACACAGGCAGCAGUAACAG